UCUCCUAAGGCUUUCAGUUAGCCAAGGGAUUGUAGGUUGCAGGCAUCCACUGCUGUCUCCUAUUCUGUAAAGUAUACCCCUUUUGUGUAUGGGACCUUUCUAUCUUUUUUCUGAGAUAGAUAGGUGGGUUCGUUGCAGUUGCUUGUUGUCGUGUAACUUAAACUUUCAAAUACAUGGUUUGGCCCUAAACCUUCUCUGGCCUGAUUUGUGAUUCUCAGACCAGCUGUGAUAGAUGGGUAACACCAGGUUGAAUUUGGCUUCUGUUGGGGGAUAGGCUUUGAUUAAUUGCUUAGGCUCCACAGCAAUUGCUUACCUAAGUCGUCUUUUUUUGUGUUUUGGGUUUUUUUGCUCAACAAAAAAAUCCUGGGGGGCCCCGCACUUCCUAAAGUUGGCCCUGCUCAUAGCUAGGUUUAUGUUUCCACGAGUGGUACCCAUUGGUACAUGGUUUGGUGCACAUAGCAAAAUGUAUUCUUUCAUUCAUGUGCAGAAGUCCAUGCAUGGAUGGAAAAGAUUAAUGGAAACAUUACUUGUCGUGUGUGAUUUUUGUGAAACACGAGCACUUAAUACAGAAUAGGUGCCCAAGGGCUGUGUUUAUAAGCCUGAACCUCCAAAGUUAGGUGUUCCCCCUCCCCCCAGCUUGCUCUUCAGAUGGGGCCUUUGAUGCAAAGUUUUACUAGAGUUUUGGGGAUUCACCAUAUUUACUUUUUAAUGUAACUGAGGCAGAAGUUUGCAGUCUAUAGUCCAUCAACCCCUUUGGGGGGCGGGCACAGCCCAGGUCUGUAAUUUCCAAAGGGUUCCAUGCUGGCAUUAGAAAUUUUUGAGGGGUCCACCAAUGGAAAAGUGUGGCAAACCCACUGUUUGAAGGGAUUAGGAGAAGCUGAGGCUUGUCUUUUAACUCAGGGUUCUUUAAAACCUGGUGAGGAUUUAAGGCAAGAAAGCAAAGCUGUCCUUAACAUGUUGUCCGCCCAGCAGCCCCACUGGUAGUUAGUUUCUCCAACUGGCUCUCAAAACUAAUUACAUUCCUCCUCAUGCCCUCCAACUCCUACAGAGUCAGUGCUGCAGGGUUCCUUCCCACCCGCAACAUUGGCCCCAAUAUGUUCACAGCCAGGUCUUCCCCACAAACACCUGGUUUGUUCUUGUGGCUGAGAUGAAGGCCAGCCCUCAGUUUCACAGUCCCUCACUGAUGCUGAGGUUCCAGUCCCUGGAUCUCUUUUCUAGGGGACAGAUGGGCUGUCCUCAGCUUGCACUAUUUCCAUAUUUCUAGCCUAUUUUUUUGGGGGGGGAGGUUGUCCUGACCCUAGCUGUGUAUCUGCAGAGGAGGAGGAAGUGGAUAAGAUGAUGGAACAGAAGAUGAGGGAAGAGCAGGAACGGCGCCGCAAGAAGGAGAUGGAGGAGCGCAUGUCUCUAGAGGAGACCAAAGAACAAAUCAGUAAGCUGGGGGAAAGGCUGCAGGCCCUACAGGAGGAGAAGCAUCAGCUUUUCCUACAGCUGAAGAAGGUGCUGCAUGAAGAGGAGAAGCGCCGGCGCAAGGAGCAGAGCGAUUUGACGACUCUGACAGCUGCAGCCUACCAGCAGGGCAUGGCCGUGCACGCCGGGGCCCACAUCCUCAACAUGCAGGGAAGCCCCGGAGGGCACAGCCGGGCUGGAACGCUGAUCUCAGCCGACAGGACAAAGCAGAUCUUUGCACCCCCUGUGAUCACACAGACGCGGCACUUCACCACCCAGCCGGCCUUCGCACCCGGCACCCCGGAGCAUGGGCAGUACCAGAGCGGGCAGGCUGGGCACAGCCCCUAUGCUGUGGGGCAGGGCCAGCACUUUGCCCCAGGCCAAGCCGUGCCUGUCAGCUAUGCCAGCAGCCAGCCCAUCCGUGGCCCCUCAGCCUUCCCUGCCAUGCAGUACCUGUCACAGCAGCCGCCAGGCUACGCACUGCAUGGGCACUUCCCUCCUGCUCAGCCAGGUUUCAUCCCCUCCAGCACAACCAUCCCUCUACAGAAGCAGCUGGAACAUGCCAACCAGCAGUCAGGUUUCACCGACUCGUCGACCCUGCGCCCAAUGCACCCCCAGGCCAUGCACCCUAACCAGACCCUGCUGCCCACCCCUCAGAUCCCCGUCCAGAUGCAACCGGCCGCCAAGGCUGGAUUCCCUGCCAGUGGCCAGCCUGCCUCACGUCACCCCUUUAUCCAGCAUACCCAGAGCCAGCGCUUUUACCACAAGUGAGCCCCUGCUCUGGGGAAGGGGUGCAGACACUGGCCCCCAAUAAACAGGGAGGUUCCAUUGACAGAA